AUGACCAGACAGGUUCUAGUCACCGGUGCAACCGGCUUUAUUGGCGCCAACAUCGUCGACGCCCUGCUAGCCCGUGGCUUGCGGGUGCGCGGCGCAACUCGCUCGCGGGCUAAGGGCGACGCCAUGAUUCAAGCACGACCGCAAUACGCCGGUCAGCUGGAGUUUGUACUGAUAGACGACUUUGAGAAACCAGGCGGUUUAGUCGAGGCCGUGCAGGGAGUGGAUGGGGUGAUCCAUACCGCCAGCCCCUUUACCUACGAUACAACCGAAAAUGAGAGAGAACUUAUGCGACCCGCGAUCAAUGGCGUACGGGCGAUCGUUGAAGCUGCCGCCACAAACCAACAAGUCAAACGCAUCGUCCUGACCUCUUCUUUCGCGUCCGUUCUUGACGUCAGCCGCAAGAGCCCACCAUAUUUCACCUAUACGGGGACUGACUGGAAUCCACUGACUUAUGAGGAAUCCGUAGAUCCAUCUACAAGCGCCGUAGUGGCGUAUCGCGGGUCAAAGAAAUUCGCCGAGCUCGAAGCAUGGAGGUACGUGAAGGAACAGAAACCAUCUUUUGAUCUUGUUGUUUUAUGUCCGCCGAUGACGUUUGGGCCGGUGGUACAUCCUGUACCUAGAGUGGACAGCCUGAACGAGUCCAAUGCCAUGUUGUGGAACAUUGCCAGCGGAGCGAACCCGCUCCCUGUUUCGCGGGUGCCGUUUUGGAUAGAUGUGCGUGAUCUGGCAGUCGCGCAUGUCGAGGCAUUGUUGAAUCAGGAGGUCGGGGGGAAUCGGUAUGUGCCUGCAUCCCCGGAGCGCUUUACAUAUGGAUUGGCAGCGAAGAUUAUGACGGAGGAGUUCCCGGCUCUCCAGGAUAAGGUCGUGCAGGAAGAUCAGACGCUGGAUGAUGGCUAUGGAUUGGAUGGCGAGACAGCUGCCAAGGAGCUGGGGUAUACGUAUCGACCAUUUAGAGAAACGGUACGGGACUUGGUUGCACAAGCGAUCUCGAUGAGCCAGUCGUCCCAGACGGGGUAA